ACCUCAGCCGGACAGCAGAACGGUCGGUUGGCAGGCUGGUUGGCUGGCUAGCUGGCUGUCCGCCUAGCUUGCUGACAAUUGUGUCUCACCGCAACUUCAGUUUGUCCAAGAUCGUGCUUACCAACGUUAGUGGUGCCGUGAGUGCGCUAAUUUCCCGCUGUGUCUUUUUGCUUAUUAAUUCUAAGUGCGAAAUAGCUUAUCCACCGUGUUUUUGGGCGCGAAUCAACGACCUUACAAAUUACGCGUCUCCGAACCUUCGAACAUCUGACCUUUGCUAACUGUUGCCAAGUGUUUGCGUUCGCUUUUAAUUCCCCGUCUACGAGGGUGUGCGCAUUGCGAUUUUAAUCAUACGCGUAGUCAAAGUGCAACGCGGCGCAGCGAGUGAUAUCAAAGAGCAAAGGUUUUAAAGGCAUUUGUGAGACAAUAAUUGCAAAACACAGUGAAAGAGCCAUAACAGUGCAAGUGGAAAGAAACGCGAAAGCGCAAUUGGCAAGAAGCGAAUAUCCGAAACGAAACGAAAUAUACGAAGUGAAGAAUAAUCACCGGCGCAGGCGGUUGCGACGGCGUCGGUGACGUCGACGGUUUAGUUGUUGUCUGCGGCACAGUGUAUGUGGAAAAUGCGCGCGCGCGAUUUAUACAAAACAAACAGAAACAGCGACAACAAUCACGAAUUCGAAAACGAAAACAACAACUACAACUAUAACAACAAUUGCAGUCACAGUGUCAAUUGCAUUGCUAAUACGAGCAGAAUUCGAGUGCGUCCGCAAGCGAAUAAACGCAGAAAGUGCAAAACGCUAGAUCAACAACAAAGCGCUCUACGCGAACCGCAUCAACACAAAGUGGUACUACCGCGACUUCUACCCGCGUAGUGAUGCAUCAAUUGAGCUAUCAAAAUUGAUGCAACGUAGUUUUCAUGCGUUGUGAGAGCCAAUUAUUAAUAUUAAUAAGUCUGAUUGAAUUCUUCUUCUUCUUAAUUGGCGUAGACACCGCUUACGCGAUUAUAGCCGAGUUAAAUUGUCUGAUUGAAUUAGAGUUCGAAAAUUUAUAAAAGAAAAUUACAAUAAUAUUAUGAAUUGAUACAACACUGUUACUUAAGAGAUUUCAAUUUCGGCAGCAACGAUUAAGGUUCCUGAAGUGAAUAUAUCCGAUCGAGGAAAACCUCAAGCAGUGACGACAAUAUACAUUGUGUUUAAUCAAAGAGAAAAUUUAAAAAUAAAGUGUGUAAAUCAAAAAACUGUGUUAGCGAACGAGCGAGCCAAACAGAAGGAGCAAAAUACGAAUUUUUACAUUACAAACCGCCGAAAUAGCGACGGCUAGACGGCCAUAAUAGAGGCGGCACAAUACGCGCAAGAUAAACGCUUUAUUAAAAAUAUUAAAAUUCAAAAAUAGAAUUUUCACGCAAACUGCACUAUUCAACCGCAUCGAACACGGCGAGCACCAGAUUUGUUUGUACGUUCAUAAACGAGCGACGGCGCCUAAAUACACGGUAAUCCAAAUUGUAGAAAUUCAUUGAUAAACGAACGACGGAAGAAGCUCAUAAGCGCCAAGCUAAGGACCGACUGCAUAGCCUGAAGAGUACCAUCUAAAUAAGGUCGAAAGUGUAGAACAAAAAAAAUUAAAAUAAAAGCGAAGAAGAUAACGUAGAAAAUUAAUAAUUUUUGUAUUCGGCAAAGGUGUUAUCUAAUCUAAGCGUUUGCUCGCUUCGCACUACUUACCCACCUACUUACCAAACGGCGCAACAAACAACAUCAACAACAAACAAUCGCAACCUGCUUGCUAUCCGCGCUCGAUACGCAACGAAGUGUAUUACAGAGUCACAGAGUCGCCCAGCCACUCACUACACACAGUUCACUCGCCGCCGGCGGUCAGUCUGUCAGUCGGUGUCAGAACGCGAGCGCGUUUGUUUGUCAACAGAACAAGUCAGUUGGUUUAGUUUCGCUGUCUGUUGCUUAAAUUUGACACAACCAAGUAUAACGCAAACGCCAAGAAGCGUGUAGGCUUGCUCAUUCUGAGUGCGUCUAAUAGCGUGUAAUCAACGACAAAAUAGUGGAGAAGUAAAUUACCGCAACAAUACUGUCCGUUUCAUAGUCCUAAAAUAAGCGAAACAAGUGAAAAUAUCGUUCUAAUAUAAAAAUAAAUUUUGCGUAUAUUUAAGGGCAAUCGAUUUUCAAAAUAAAAAUAAUUUUGUGAAGUGCUAAAGUGUUUCGAGCAGAAGUGUUAGUGAAAAGAGAAGAAGUAGAAUAAGUGCAAUCUCCACAACUGCGAAGUAAUAUCGGCUGCUGAAAAUUGAGUGUGAAAUAAUAAAUUCUUCUGCAAAACCAAGGGGACAAACAAUAAAAUCGAAGUAGAGUAUAAGAAGCUCAGCGAACCACAUGAAAAUGGCCAUCAACAACAGUACAAAAGCGUCGCGAACGACAGCAAUCAGCAACACAAGUGCAUCCAGUUCAUGCCGAUCCACGACGUGUGUCAAAAGUUGCGAAACAUUGGUCAAAGCAACAGAUAUGCAUAAAUCAGGAAGCACAGCAAGCACAACGACAACAUCGGCAUUAACAUCAUCUCCAGCAUUAUCCACAAUAUCGGCAGCAACAGCGGACGUUACUGGAAAAUUAGCGCGACCAACGCCACCGUCAACAUCGACAACUGCAACAACAAGAGCAGGGGUCUCUACAACAUCACUCAAGCUUCUUUACAAAUUCAUUAUAUUUGCCAUCUUGAUUUGCACAGCGCCGUCGCUGGUUAGCGGCCGACGGCAUGCGCCACUCUUGCUGGAAGAAUCGGAGGGUACGCGCCGAAAUAAUAGACCAGUUGUUUCGGAAUGUCAGUUUGGCAAGACAGUGCGGGAGAUCGGCUCCACCUGGUUCGCAGAUCUUGGUCCACCAUUCGGUGUCAUGUACUGCAUCAGAUGUGAAUGUGUAGCGGUGCCGAAGAAGCGUCGCAUUGUUGUGCGCGUGCAAUGCAAGAACAUUAAACACGAAUGUCCACCAACAUUGUGCAGUGACCCAGUCCAACUGCCUGGCAAAUGCUGUAAAACGUGUCCUGGCGAUAAAAAUGAUACGGACGUGUCUUUGGAUGUACCUGCCCCGGUAAACAUUGAAGAGGAGGAGCGCAACAUGAAGCAUUUCGCUGCUCUACUCACCGGCAGAACAUCACAUUUCCUGAAAGGAGAAGAAAUGAAGGCCAUGUAUGCGACAAGCACCUACAAUCCACAAAAUAUUGUUGCCACUGGUCGCUUCUUGUUCCACAAGAAGAACCUGUAUUACUCCUUCUACACCUCGUCGAAAAAUAAUCGCCCACGAACCAUACAAUUCGUUAACGACGCCGGCACCAUUCUCGAAGAGCAUCAACUGCAGGCGCCCCUUUCUGAUAUGCAGAGCGUGUAUCAAAAUGCCACUGGUAAGAUUUGCGGAGUAUGGCGUCGUGUUCCACGUGAUUACAAGCGACUCCUGCGUGAUGAACGGCUACACGUUGUUUUGCUAUGGGGCAGAAAAGAUCAGAUUGAUCUCGCUCUAGGUGGCAAGAUCGGGUUGUACACCGCCUUACAGAAGGAAAUGUUCAGCUCAUUACUGGAACCCGCACCAGGUACGAAAGCAACACUAAUGAAUGGGGCUGGUGGCACAGCUAUUGUCUCCACGACCAGCGGCGCGGCCGCCUCCGUACAUUUAACGCUUGUCUUUAAUGGUGUCUUUAGCUCCGAUGAAUAUUUGGAUUCACCUAUUAAUGUACGCGUCGAAUCACCGGAUCGAAAAGAAAUCGUUUUGGACGAACUUCAAAAAGUACGUAAACCCUCGGCUGAGAUCAAUGUCUUGGAAAUAUCUUCGCCCAUAUCCAUACCGAUGUUGCGUUUAAUGUCGCGUGGUAAAUUAUUGCUCACAAUAGAAUCGAAGAAAAAUCCGCAUUUACGCAUACAGGGUUCCAUUAUCACACGUACUACCUGCGAGCUCUUCCAGACUUUACUCACCCCACACAAUGCAGAAUCGAAAACAAAGAGCAGCGGCUUAGCCUGGGUAUUUCUAAACACUGAUGGCUCUCUUUCAUAUAACAUCGAAACAGAUAACAUUAGCACAAAGGAUAGGCCCGAAAUCAAUUUGAUGGAAGAUCUCGGCAAACGGAAAACCAUGCUGGAAAACCUUACACCAACAUUCAAUUUCAACCAAGCUAUUGGUACGAUCGACAAAUUAGGCCCAAAAGCGCUAGAAUCAUUGUAUGAGGGUGACUUAGGAGUCAACAUAGCUAUUGAGAAUGAACCAAGCCUCAUACGCGGCCAUUUUGUACCCCGCCCCAUUGCAGACGCCCGAGAUUCCGCUGAACCUAUUCUAUUGAAACGGGUAGAGAAUGCCUCGACUGCACCAACGCAUGCCAUGGGCAUGGCUUGGUUGGCCAUCGAUAAUGAAUGUAACUUACACUAUGAGAUAACUGUAAAUGGUUUUCAAUCGAAUUCACAGGAUUUGCAAAUAUACCUCGAAGAAAAGCCAAUCGAAGCUAUAGGUGCACCGGUAACACGAAAAUUACUAGAGGAAUUCUCCGGCUCCUACAUGGAGGGUUACGUGCUCGGCAUGCCUUCCAACGAACUCGUCAAAUUGGAAAACAGUGUAUGCUACUUAGAGAUACACACAAAGGAAAGUAGUAAGCCACUUUUACGAGGCAAAUUGAAAUCUACAAAAGUGCCAUCCCAUUGUUUUCCCAUUCAUACGGAUAACAAUGUGCCGAAUGUACCUGGUGACCAUAGUGACAGCAAUCUUAUUGCGGCAGAUGCAAAAUGCUUUCAUUCAGGUCGGUUUUAUGACGAGUCCGAACAAUGGCGUAAUGCAAAUGAUGUUUGCCAGAUGUGCGCCUGCCAACAUGGCCAACCCACAUGUGAGCCGAUCAAAUGUCCCGCAAUACAAUGUAAACCCAACGAAGAGCUUGUUCGACGUGACGGCGAAUGUUGUUCCAUGUGUCUUCCGCAGAGUGUUGCUACUGAGACGGAAAGCGUUGCCGAGCAAAAUGUAAGGGGCUGCCGUUUAGGUGACCAAUUCCACUUGGCCGGUGCCAUUUGGCAUCCAUUCUUACCACCAAACGGCUUCGACACUUGCACCACCUGUACCUGUGAUGCAUUGACUUUGGAAGUGCGUUGUCCACGCAUGGUCUGUCCACCAUUACCCUGCUCUGAGAAGGUCGCCUACCGGCCGGACAAAAAAGCCUGUUGUAAAGUAUGCCCUGAAAGCAAAUCUUCACGAGGUGACAAAGCCGGUCCUUCCAAUCCGAACGUGCUACAAGAUCAGGCGUCACAUAAGACAAUAUCAACUGAAGAGAUCCUCGGCCAAGGUGGCUGCAAAGUGUUAAAUAAGGUUUACGAAAAUGGACAGGAGUGGCACCCGAUUCUAGCAUCACAUGGCGAACAAAAAUGUAUAAAAUGCCGAUGCAAGGAUUCAAAGGUGAAUUGUGAUCGCAAACGUUGCUCACGCUCUACCUGCCAGCAGACGCGUAUCUCAGCCAAGCGGAAAUUCUAUGAGAAACCCGGUGCCGGCAGUGCGAAUGCAAACGAGCCGGCCAUUGACGAGUGCUGCUCGACGCAGUGUCGACGCUCGCGCCGCCACCACCGACGCGCGCAUCAGGAUCGACCCGGCACCGUCGACGAACGACAGCAACAACAGUCAAAGCGGUUGCAGCAGCUGACAAAUUUAAACCGAAGCGGCAGCAACGGUCAUAGCAGCUGAGCGCUGCGUUCAAAUCGAAACCAUUUACAAAUACAUAUAUUUAUAUAAUCGCGCGAAUAGCAUUGUAAAAAGGAAAACAAAAUCGCUGUUUUCUUCUGAAGAAAAUACAAGUUUUUUGUGACUUUUUUAAACCAGAACUGAAACUGAAUAAGACGAAGCGAUAAACAUAUUGGAAAGCAGCACUGAAGCAGAGGUUAUCCGAGGGAGAACGAAGAUUUACCCUCUAGGCGCUUAGCAAAAACAACAAGAUUAUUUAUAAUAAAAGAAAAAAGAAAGAGUGAAAUAAUUUAUGUAUUAUAACGAUUAAAGCAAAGUUUAACCAUCAUAAUCCAGCAGUAAAUAUGGAAAUGUUAACGCAAAUGGAAGUAGAAUCAGACGUAGAAAACUAAAGUGUAGUGCGCCAGUUGUAGGAGAAGAAGUAAGACAGUUCGACGAUGCAGUAGCGGCUGCCAUUACAAAGUACACAAUACAAAAUACCUUAGGAAUACCAGUGCAGUUGCUUUAGGAUUCUAGUAAAUGUAGGAUUUCAGCACAAAAAAAUUUCAUUCAGAAUGUAUAGCUUUUCAAAGCGCUCUUCCAAAGACCAUAAAAAAAUCUGAAAAAAAGCUCUGAAUUGCAAGCGAAAUUCUCUUGAAGUAGUUUAAGAAUGUCGGAUGGAAUACCGAUUGAAGAUUUUAAGCACAAUGUAGGCUGUAGACUGAGAGUCAGAGAUCGGCGGCGGCAUAGAGAGAGAAAGACACAGUGCAAGAAUGAGAAACACAUCCCAAACGUUUCGACUGAUUGACUGAAUGGCAUAGAAUAAGUAAAAGAACUUUUAAAAAUAUUACAAAAAAAAGUUAUACAUACAUACUCGUACAUAUUUGUUUUUUAUAUUCAUUAAAUACUAAUAGUAAUUACACUGAUGCAAAGGCACAUUUUAUGAAACAAAUAUUUGUAUGCAUAUGUGUAAGUAUUACCGUUUAUAGAAUGUCUACCAGGCACUGAUAGCGCUUUGAAAUGUUUGACACUAAAAUAAACAUUUUAGCAUCACACUUUAGUAUUUUUCAAUGCGCGGGCGCUUGAAAUUUCGCCAGCUUGGAAACAAUGCAGGAGCAGCUUGGUGGAUGCAUUUAAUAACUGUAAUAGGUUUUGCUUAAAAUUAUACACAUAUGCAUACCUUUGUUUGGAUGGAUGAUUGUGAGUCCAACACAUUUGAUAUAGAAGCUUAAUCGCACCAAUGCAGGCACACCGCACACAAAAGGCAUACAACAUUACUUAAUAUACAUAUAUGCGCACACAAACAUACACACCCCCCCCUCAAACAUAAAACACAUACAUAUGUAUACUCAUUCAUUAAUAUUAUUAUAUUUACUCGUACAACAACUGACCAUUUGCGCAUUUUCACCACAUAACUGUAUUAAUAUUUUAUUAUUAUUAUUAUUACCAUAAUUGUACAUUAUUAUUUCUUAUUAACUAUAUUUCUAAUUUAAACGAAUUCGAGUUUAGUUCUAUUAUUUUUGUGUAUUUUUUUAAGAAAAACAAUUAAAUUUAGUUAUAGUUUUAGUUGUUUUUGCCUUAGCUAAUAGUGAUUUUAUUUUUAGUUCUGUUUAACUCUUUUGUAUCAUAAACACGAUUGCAAGCAUACUUAAAAAUAUAUAAAAAAUAUAAAUUAUAAAAACUAAAACUAAAAAAUGUGAAAACAGGAUAACUGUUUAUGCUGAUUGAAUAUUUUCCUUGCUUUCCGUUCGGUAAAGUUAGAAGAAAAUGUUCAUUCAACUCUUGAGAACGUUGUGUCGGAUAAACGCUUUCAUUUCAAAAGCGCUGUAUUCAUUCUUAGCAAUUAUAAUAAUAAGAAAACCAAUAAUGCACAAAUAAAUUUAGCUUUUAAAAUUGUA